AAAGGCAAAAGAGCAUCCAAAGCUUAUGCGGCUUCUGGAUGAUGGUAGCAAUGCCACCAUGAUCGUAUCAAGAGAAGCACGCAAGGAGACCGAAUCUACCACCGAAGAACCACACAAGUUCAGCUUACCAUUGCCGAGUUUCAAAAGGAACUAUAAAGGCAACUGGGUCUAUCACAUUUGGGGCUUUACCCUUGGCAGUGUUUGGCAAGAUACGCGCUUUAAGAUACAUGGAGCAGUUACUCUGCAACGUAUUUUGGUCGACUCAAAGGCAGUUAAAAACUAUUAUCCCUUAGGAAAUUUGGGGACCGCGUGUGUGGGCAGGUCAACAAUUUAUAACUUUCCCAAAGUGAUGAGCUAUGUAAUGCCCAAAAGGCGCGCUCUGCUCCAACAUAGGCCAAUCUGGACCGAUCUUCGGCGACAGCUUUAUUUACAGGGCCGAUCCGAGGAGUGUCAUACGAAAGAAUUUGUCAAUUGGAGAGAGUUUGCGGAGUGCCAGCUAAGACGUCACAUGCGUAUGGAAUACUUGAUUCCGAAAUACCCAUUGCAACAACUGUGAGAACCCUUGCAUAUGAUAGAAAUUCGUGAGUUUUCGGACAGCACUCGCGCUACAAAGACAAUCCACAUCAGGCUAAAGAUUACUGUAUUUUAUUCAAUAAGUAGCAGACCGACCCUAAACAGAUUUGUUCGCUAUAUAUGUGGGGAGAGUAAGACAGAAAAAACAAUUAGAUCAUCAGAGACUACAGAUAUUUGUAAUAUGUAUAAGAAUUAAGUUU